UAUCUGUUCUUUACGAAGACACUAUUCUGUUGUUAGUAUUGUCGGCAUAUUUUUAAAGAAACUCACGGCUGUGGCUAAGUAGCUACUCAUAGUUCCAACUUUCUAUUAGCUUAGAUUAGCUCGCUGACGCUAGCUGUGGGGAGCAGCGAUGUUAACAAGCAGGUUAGCCAGGUUUGCUAUCACCGACAGGGCGAAGUCGAGCUGGAAUAAUACUCCAACCUACCUUUGAUGGCGGAAGGGACACCAUUUGAUAAACAACAGUGAGCCCAAAUUCAACCGAACGGCAUAUUUGAUUUCGGAAGUUGUAUUGUGAAGUGCAGUUAGCUAGCAGGCUAACUUGGAAAUCAGUAGGUGAGCUGAUCUACAGCACAGAGAAGACAUGGCACGCCUGGUAGCAGUUUGCAGGGAAGGCGAGGAGGAUUACCCAUUUUUGGCGAGACAGAUUCCCCUGUAUAUUGAUGACACACUCACGAUGGUGAUGGAGUUUCCUGACAGUUUCAUGGACGCUGAAGGCACUGACGUAACCCUUGCUCAUUGGAAGCAAUUUUCUGAGUAUUAUUCCAAGCUGAAGCAGCAGGACCUGAAUAUCGCCUUUAUGGUGUCGUCCAGAGAGGUGUACAGUGCGCUGUCCCAGCUGGUGCCGUGCGUGGGCUGCAGACGAAGCGUGGAGCGCCUCUUUUCUCACUCAGUGGAGACGGGGAACCCAGCGCUGGAGCCCCUCGCAGUGAAACCCAAGGGCAUGCUCACUGUCACCAAGGCUUGUUUGGCAGACAUGAAGAAGCUUUAUACCCUGUUCUACAUCCACGGGUCAAAGUUAAAUGACAUGAUUGACGCCAUUCCAAAAAGUAAAAAGAAUAAGCGCUGCCAGUUGCACUCCUUAGACACUCAUAAACCUAAACCCCUGGGGGGAAGUUGGAUGGACGUGUGGGAGCUGAUGUCUCAAGAAUGCAGGGAUGAGGUGGUCCUCAUCGACAGUGCCUGUCUGCUUGAGACGCUGGAGACGUACUUGCGGAAACACAGGUUUUGCACAGACUGUAAGAAUAAAGUGAUCAGAGCAUACAACAUCCUGGUUGGAGAGGUGGACUCCAGCGAGGAGAAGGGAUACUGCGCCGCUCUGUACGAGGGUCUCUGUUGUUGCCCCCAUGAGCGGCACAUCCACGUGUGCUGCGAAACAGACUUCAUCGCUCACUUACUCGGCAGGGCAGAGCCUGAGUUUUCAGGAGGUUACGAGCGCAGAGAGAGACACGCGAAAACGAUUGAUAUUGCACAAGAGGAAGUUCUGACUUGUCUGGGCAUUCAUCUCUACGAGCGGCUGCACAGGAUCUGGCAGAAACUACGAGCAGAGGAACAGACAUGGCAGAUAUUGUUCCAUCUGGGUAUCGACGCACUACGGAAAAGCUUUGAGAUGGCAGUGGAGAAGAUGCAGGGCAUCAGUCGGCUCGAACAGUUUGUGGAGGAACUGUCGGAGGAGGAGAGAGCCAAAGAACUGAAAAUGGAGAAGAAGAGACAGAAACGGAAAAACCGACGCAAAAACAAGUGCGGUUUUGAUUUGUCUGAACAGGAGGCAGAGAACAAGGAGAAAAUCCUGGAUGAGGGUUCCUUUGAUUCAGUCGAGGGCAGCUGUAAGGCCUGUGGUAGCCACGAUGAGGAAGAGGAAGAGGCUGGGUGUGAAGAGACGGUGACCACCAGCAGAAACGCCUCCUGUAACUGCUCAGAUAACACCAAGCGAGAUUUGUCCCAUAACAGUAAUGGCAGCGACUACGGCUACUCAUCAAGUAUGGAGGGCAGCGAGAUGGGAUCGCGAGAAGGCUCUGACGUCGCCUGCUCUGAGGGAAUGUGCAACCACGAAGCAGUCUGCUCUUACUUCCCCUCUGAAGGGGAUUACCCAAACGUCCACCACUGUGUCGAAGACAAAGAGGAGGACGGGACAGACAGCUGUGUGGACUGCUGGCCGCACUCUGAGGAAAACAGUCAGUGCAAGAGUAAAAAGAAGAAGAAAAAGGGCAAGAGCUGCAACGAUCAGGAGCCAAAAACCGAAUGUUGCACGUCGGACGGGAACACCAUAGGCCACAAUCUGACCUCAUCAAGCACUUGUCGAACCAAAGACAUUUUUUCCUCCUUAUGUGGCGAUAAGCUCGCCAACAUUGCACUACGGUCACCAUGGGCAGUCCAUCAAAGCAACCUCAGCCUUCACAUGAGGCCUACAAAGGCAAAUUUAAGCUUGGUAGAACUCCUGGACGAUUCCGAGGUAACGUCCGAUGAAGAGAGCGGUCUGACGCAGGACGAAAUCCAGGCAUUUCUAGAACAGAACCAGUCCUUCUACAGCAACCGCCACCAGUACCGACAGCUCCUCAAGGAGAAAUUCACCAACUACUGCCGGGCCACCGAGCGGAGCAAGCGAGUCUGUGGAAAGUGGUUCGCCACGACCAGCGUCAAGUAAACGUCAUCGUCCCGUGGAAAAUUUAAAAGCACUCGUGACCACUGCUGCAAGGUUGUUAUAAAAAGAUACAUUUCAGGUGUAUC